AUGUUGGGCAGUCAUUCAAAAUUAAGUAUUGCACAGAUUGUGUUCUAUAUACCGGUCACGGUAACUGCACUUUAUCUCGCAUGUUACCGGCACAAGCGACCUCGCAUGGCGUGGAUUAUCUUGACUUUCUUCUCCCUUAUUCGUAUCACUGCUGGAAUUUUGGUCAUUAUCUCGGAGAAGUCUUCCAGUACCGGCGUGAUGAUAGCUUCCGUCAUCUUUCUCAAUGCUGGCGUGUUUCCAUUGAUCGCAGCAACUUUAGGCUUUAUUCGAAUCAUAGUAGCUCUCGAAAAAAACAUGAGCCGACAAAUUCGGCAAUGUUUAGUUGUAUCCCGAGUGCUUUUUAUUGUCGGGAUCGGCCUUACCGUUGCAGGUGGGGCUUUGGAAGGGAGCGACACCGACAGUGAUGUACUCAUUGGGCUUAAACUUGUCAAAUCCGGGUACAUCAUUGUCGUAGUCUUUGUCGGAUGUUUACUGGCCAUGCAAGUGUAUUUUUGGACACAACGUUCGUGCCUUUCAGUUACAAGCAGAUCGAUUCUCAAUGCCACAGCUCUGGCUACGCCUUUUAUAGUUGUUCGCAUCGUAUACCUCUUUCUGUCCGUAUUCCAGCCAUCCGACUUGAGGUGGAGUGAUCUGAGAGGUCCAAUUGCCCCAUUCUUGACUAUGGGACUGCUGAUGGAAUAUUCUGUUGUUUUGAUGUAUCUUGUUACCGGUUUUAUCAUUCCCAAUUGGAGGAAUAUCGAGAAGCCAGAGAUCCUCUUGGAUGACACAACAAGAUGA